AAAACCGACUGCAUAUCCGAAAGGAAACAAAGAAAGUAAGAGAGAAUCCGGAGAAAGAGAGAAUACGGAGUUGAAGAGAGAGAGAGAGAGAGAGAGAGAGUGAUCCAAGUUUGCUCAAGGUUAGCUGCUCAGAUUUGGAACUGGUCCAUAUCGAUGGCUUCGAAGACGGUGACCCUGAAAAGCUCAGAUGGCGAGGAGUUUGUGAUCGAUGAGGCAGUGGCCCUCCAAUUGCAGACGAUCAAGCACAUGAUCGAGGACGACUGCACGGACAACGGCAUCCCCCUCCCCAACGUCACCAGCAAGAUCCUCUCCAAGGUCAUCGAGUACUGCAACAAGCAUGUCGAGGCGGCUGGCUCCAGCGACGAGCUCAAGGCCUGGGAUAUGGAUUUCAUCAAGGUCGAUCAGGAGACCCUCUUUUAUCUUAUCCUAGCCGCAGACUAUCUGUACGUAAAGAACUUGCUUGACCUGACUUGCCAAACAGUGGCUGACUUGAUGAAGGGAAAGACUCCUGAAGAGAUCCGCCAGACAUUCAAUAUCAAGAAUGAUUUCACCCCUGAGGAAGAGGAAGAGGUCCGACGGGAGAACCAAUGGGCUUUUGAGUAAAUGAAACCUCUCAUCACAUCGCUUACCAUAUGUUGUUGAUCAUACAUAUACAUGAGUCAUUAAAUUAGUAGGGUUGGCGUCUUAGAAGUUUUUAAGUGUAUAGAGGGGUUGGUUGCAGAGGCAGACUAUAUGGAUACUGGCUUCCAACCUCAGAUUUGCUUUCUUUCCUUUUUAAUCCUUUGCAUUCUA